GUUUACAAACGAAGGAGAAACAUGCUCGCAACAGCUCGCGAAGCCCCGUAGUUGCGGUCGCUUGCCACUCGUGGCACCUCGAGGAGGAUAUUGUGAACAAUGGAUCGCUUGGUGGGAGCCUUAUCAAAGGUCAGCGCCACGCUGAAUGACACAGCGACGAAUGUCCUCAAGGCGCCCGGCGCGCCACCUCCACCAGCCGAAGCGCCAAAGGGAGAGUAUCUGCGCCUGCCUGUGGAGUCAGCACGACGGCUACGCUGGUUUGAGAAGGCGGACUUGCAGGCGCUAACUAAAUCGAAUUUUCGCGAAAAAAGGGAGCUCCUCGAUACGGUCGCUGCGUUGAAAAAGGUCCUGCUGCGGCAUGGCGUGGAUGAGAGCAAGGUGGACGCGGAGGUGGCUGCGCAUCUGCGCGCGGCAGCUGAGGUGGCGGAGGCGCACGAGGGCGUGGCGUCCGUCUUGCUGGCUGCUCUGGAGCCCCACGUUAAGGAGCUGCGCUUUGAGAACGAACGGCUGAAGGCGGCACUAGCCAUGAACCAAGCCACCACCUCAGCAGCCGGCGCCGCGCCGGCGGCGAACGGUGGCGCGUCGUCUGGCGGCGCCGCCCGGGACUCGGCUGCGGGCACCAACGGCUCCCCCGCUGCCGCGGGUCUGCAUGGGGUGUCCAGCUCCGGCGCGCUGGCUGGCGGCCUCUCACGCGGCAGCCUGGCUGCGGCCGCCAGCGGGCCUGUGGUUCCGGUGCUGCACCUGCCGCUGCGGCUGGAGCACCUGGACCUGGCACAGCUGGGCGGCCCCGCGGCAGCGCGCAUGGACCCGGCAGCGAGGCAGCAGAUGGCGGCGCUGGAGGUGGAGCUGGAGCGCGCUGGCAAGCAGGUGACGGAGCUGAAGGCGCAGGUGGCCAAGCAGCAGCAGCAGCACCAGGCGGCGGCCUCUCGGCGCAGGGGCCCGGACGGCGGCGACGCGGUGGGGCUGGCGGCGCUUCAGGACAUGGUGCUGGAGGCGCAGGAGGCGGCGCGGGAGGAGGCGCGGCGGGCGCAGCGGGCGGAGGCGCGGGCGGGGCGGCUGGAAGGGGAGCUGAAGACGCUGCAGGCGCAACAGAAGACGCUGUACAAGGAGCACAGCUCGCUUCAGCAGCAGGUGGCGGUGCUUACCUCGCAACUGGCGGAGGCGCAGGCGGCGGUCAGCAGCGCCAACGCGGCAGAGGAGAGCCGCGCGGCAUCGGAGGCGCGCGAGGACCUGGAGGCGCUGCGGGCGGUGAAUGCGGGGCUGCAGUCAGACCUGGCAGCGGCACGGGCGAACUAUGCAAAGCUGGACGCGGACCUUCAGCUGUCUCACCAGCGCGAGGCCGCCGCCUCCGCAGCGCUGGCGGAGGCGGAGGCGCUGGCGGGCCGCUGCGACGAGCUGGCUGGCGCCAACAUGGCGCUCACGCAGCGGCUGGCGGACAGCCGGUCGGAGCUGGAGAUGUGCAGCUACUACAAGAAGAUCUGCUCCGAGCUGACGGAGGCCAAGGGCAAGCUGGAGGGCGACCUACUGGGCCUGGCGCAGCAGCUGGUGGCGGCAGAGCACCGCGUCACCGACCUCAGCGCCCGCCUGGCGGACAGCGAGGAGCUCAUGCGGCAGGCGGAGGGCCGCGCGCGGGCGGCGGAGGCGGCCGUUUCGGCAGAGGUGGAGCGGCGCUGCAGCGCGGUGCUGUCCAGCCGCGCGCUGUGGCCGGCGGCUCUGCGAGAGGAGGUGACGGGGCUGGAGCGCCGCGCCGCAGAGCUGGACGUGGCGCUGGCCACUGCCACGCGAAACGCGGACACGGCGGGGCGUGAGGCGCGGGAGGUGCGGGCGCAGCUGCUGAUCAAGUCGGACGAGUUGAAGGCGCUUUCUGCCGAGUCCAUCGCCGCGGCCAGCGCCGCCGCCGACCAGCUGCAGCACCUGCGCGCGGCGCUGGCCGAGUCACAGGCGCGCGCCGCGGGCCUGAAGGACGCGCUUGAAGCGACGCGCGAAGAGGCGCGGACGGCGGGUGACCGUGCGGUGCGCGACGGGCCGCGGCCGCUGGCAGGCUCCUCUGGCAACCUGCAGCACCGCAUCUCAUCUUCAGGGAACAUGGCCGGGGCAGGGCCCGGCGCCGCUGCCGCCUCAGGCGGAGGCGGCGCCCAUGCCUCCGGUCUCGGCCCCUCUCCAGUGGUCAGUGCGCCUACGCCAAGGUGGCAGGUGCAGAACGUGGUGGGCGGCGGAGGGCUGUACAACCUCAGCAACGGUCUGGGACACGGCGGAGUGGGGGGCGGGGCCGGCGGAGACGGCGGCGGCGGCAGCCAGACGCCCACGGACAUGGUGUAUCUGAAGAACCUGCUGCUCAAGUUCUUGGAGGCGCACCUGCUUAGCAAGACCACUGAGCGGGACGCGCUGCUGCCGGCGGUGGGAACGCUGCUUCAGGCCUCCCCAGCGGAGUACACAGCGCUUCAGAAAAUCCUGAAGGCCACGCAACCGCCCAGCCGGCAAAUGCUCUCAGUGUUCGGGCUCUCGCGGUAGCGGGUUGUGUGGCGGUGCCGAACAUAGAGCCGUGUCCAGCGUGCGAGUGCCUGACGGGCAGGCGGGCGGUAUCGGGUGCCAGGGGUGUCAUGCACGCAUGUUUCCUAGUGGUGUGCAGCAUGAGGGCGACGCAAGCGGGUGUCCUCUCCCACAUGAGCUCAAGGAGUCGCUACGUCGCGACUACAACCUCCGCUGCCGUCUGCGCUCGCAUACGCAUUCGCAUUUAAGCAUUUCAGUGACGUACGCGCCAUGGUAGGUCGGGGUAGGCCGGCAGGCACCCGGUGUAACAUGGUCUUCUCCCCUUUCCUCGUUCGUUCCGUAUCUCCACACCCCAAUGGCCAAUGCCGCCGCUGCCCGGACCUCGCUCAGCUAAUAAAUCCAAGGUGAGACCUGUAAUGUCGCACACAU